AUGGCCGUCAUUUGGAGAGAAAGCAACAUGGGGAAGCUGGAGAAGGUGAUUGUUGCUGUAAAGGCAUCGAAAGAAAUUCAAAAGAGUACUGCUUUGAUUUGGGCUUUGACUCACGUGGUUCAACCAGGGCAUUUCGUUACGUUGCUUGUGGUCACCCCUUCACAAACUUCUGGUAAAAAACUGUGGGGUUUUCCAAGAUUUUCUGGAGAUUGUGCUAGUGUUCAUCGGAAGUCAGAUUCGGGAACAAUUCCAGAACAGAAAGUCGAUAUUAGUAUUACUGAUUCUUGCUCUCAAAUGAUUCUUCAGCUUCAUGAUGUUUAUGAUCCAAAUAAGGUAAAUAUGAAGAUAAAAGUAGUUUCUGGAACCCCAUGUGGCGUAGUUGCUGCAGAAGCCAAAAAGUUUCAUGCUAGUUGGGUUGUUUUGGACAAAAAGCUGAAACAUGAACAAAAGCCAUGUAUGGAAGAAUUACAAUGCAAUGUUGUGAUAAUGAAGAAAUCACAACCCAAAGUCGUUCGUCUGAAUUUAGCCGGAUCUCCUAAAAAGGAGACCCAAAAAUCAUCUGAAAAGCAAGAAAUAAACAAAAAGUCAUCAGUGGGAGUGGGUCCCAUUAAAGGGCCAUCUGUCACUCCAACAAGUAGUCCCGAGAUAUUUACCACAACCGAACCCGGAACUUCAUCGUUCUCAAGUUCCGAUCCGGGCACUUCACCAUUUUCUGCCCCUGUAAAAAACGUAGAAUCUUUGACUAAAAAAGAGAAAAAAGAUGUCACUGAAUCAAGUUCAGACUCUGAAACCGAUGAUGAUCAUAUAUCAUCAUCAUCUUCGCCUAGUUUAAGGUUUCAACCACGAAUCAUUGACAUCCUCACCUCAAGCUGUUCAUCGUAUACGGAUGAAUCCAAAUUAAUUACAAAAAAUAAAACCUUUCUUGGUGGGUGUGUAAGGGAAGCAAUCUCUCUAUCAAGAAGCAUGCCUUCGGGCCCACCACCCUUGUGCUCAAUAUGUUUACACAAAGCACCGGUGGUCGGAAAACCACCACGGUGGUUCAAGUAUUCCGAGCUGGAGGUGGCCACCGGAGGGUUUUCUCAGGCGAAUUUCUUAGCAGAAGGUGGAUUUGGGUCGGUUCACAGAGGGGUUCUUCCAGAUGGACAAGUAGUCGCUGUGAAACAACACAAGCUUGCAAGCUCUCAAGGUGAUCAAGAAUUCUGCUCAGAAGUUGAAGUACUCAACUGUGCACAACAUCGAAAUGUUGUUAUGUUGAUUGGAUUUUGUGUUGAAGAUGGAAGAAGGUUGCUUGUGUACGAAUAUAUAUGCAACAGAUCAUUAGAUUUUCAUCUUUAUGCAGGACGUCAUGAAGGUCGAUUAGAGUGGGGUGCGCGCCAAAAAAUAGCUGUGGGAGCUGCGAGAGGACUGCGAUAUCUUCAUGAAGAAUGCAGAGUCGGUUGCAUUGUUCAUCGUGAUGUGCGCCCCAACAACAUCCUCAUCACCCAUGAUUUUGAACCUCUGGUUGGGGACUUUGGUUUAGCAAGGUGGCAGCCUGAUGGAGACAAAGGAGAAGCAACAAGAGUAAUUGGAACAUUCGGAUAUUUAGCUCCAGAGUAUGCGGAAAGUGGGGAGGUGACUGAAAAGGCUGAUGUAUAUUCCUUCGGUGUAGUACUCUUGGAGCUUGUUUCUGGGCGAAAAGCAGUGGAUAUUAACCGGCCUAAGGGCCAACAAUGCCUCACAGAAUGGGCACGUCCGUUGUUGGAAGAUAAUGCGGUUCGUAAGUUAAUUGACCCUCGGCUAGGAAAGUGUUACUCAGAACAUGAAGUUUGUUGCAUGUUGGAAGCUGCUUGUCUAUGUAUCAAAAGGGAUCCUCUUUUACGACCUCGCAUGUCACAGGUGCUACGAAUGCUGGAGGGGGACGUGAUGAUGGAAUCCAGUCACAUGUGACUGACUCAAGGCAGGGAGUAGUAACAAUACAAGAGCUGUCAUAUGAGUAGUAGGCCAUUUUGUUCCAAUUUUUCCUUUGUAGUUCACUCCAGAUAUAGCAGCUUUCUUUAAUGGAAUUAAUGUUGGAAACAGUCUUUGAAAUCCUCAAAUUAGCC